CAUCUUUUUAGCUUCUAGGAGCCAUUGAAUGCUCCUUCUUGCCCCGUCUUGAGGAAGGCAAUGGUGUACCAGCCAGUAUAUCGUCCUGCUUCAGGCAGGCAAGCCACGUCAAAUCUUUUGAAGGCCAACUCAGGACCUCGUCUUCGGGUGGCUGCGUUCACAGUCAGGUCAGGAUUUCCGAAGACCCAAGAGGCAUCGUUGGGUCUUGGACUUGCGUAUGAAAAGGCUGAAAAUGGGGGAACAGGCACAUACCACAUAGUUACCACAUAGCGGCAUGUCAUCCAGUUACCAGCUCGGGUACCACACCUGCUUCAAAGGAUUUGGAAAUUGCACCUCCGGUAGCACUUGUGCAACGACGUCAUGCCUUCGUCAAGCAAACCAGCUGCCCAAUUUUCCUCGUAUUUUCAUGUGGUACUCAAAUCAAUUAAAUCUUUGUCUGACGCGGGGUGAAUGUGGCAAGUUAGGCGACAAGUUCAUCAGAACCAAAUUUGGUUGACGGAGAUGAAAGUGCCAAAAUCCGGAAGACACCAAUGCUGACAACCGCAGCUAUAGCUAGCUGGAUGUCUAGAAAAGAUCGAUCAGCGAUCGUCCAAGAAAAUGCACCAUCGUUGCUCUCCAAUGGCAAAAGCCCUCAUGCAGCCCUCAUAAUUUUGACUUGGCUUCAAGCGAACUAUUCUUCUUAUCGUCUUCUUUUUGCUCCUGUAAAGCAACUACUAUCACCAACACCAACAUGAGCCAGUCUACGCAACCACAACCUUCCCUCUCAACUUUGAGCAGCAUCAAAGUCACACAUCAGAUUCCAACAUCUGUUAUCGUGCACGAUAAUGUCAGUCCCAAGACCAGACCUCGCACCUUCGCAGAGAAGCAACCUUACAUCUUUGCCUAUGGUGCUGCUAUCUCUGUCUUCUCCCCGGCAGCCACCGCUUACCAACUCUGCAAGUUGUACAACUUGCAACCCUCAAUGGGUCGUUUAGCGCGAUUGAGUGCUCCUAUAUUUCUCCCUCAAACUGCACUGAAGGCUGCACAAAUGAAUGCUUCCAGCCCGGUCAAGGAAUACUUGAACCCAUGGGCUGCGUUUGCAAUGGUGGGUGUUCUCCAGGGUGGCGUUUAUGGACAUAUCAAUGUUCACUUCUCAAAGGCAUUGGAGUUGGGCAAGGUUGCCAGUCUUCGUGGCGUCUUUCGAGGAUCAGUAUUUGCAGGAACGAGAGACACCAUCAGUCAAGGAAUGCCAUUCAUGUGCUCUGAAUCGGUCCGACAGAACCUUUUUGACCCUUACUGGCACACCGAGGAGGGCACCACAGCCCACUCUGCCAAAGUGUGGUCUUCGGUGAUUUCCACCUCUAUCGUGGCAACCUACUUGAGCCAAGGGUUCCACAACUUUCAGAUUGCCAUGCAAGCAGAUCAGUCUUUAAGCUACUCGCAAGCAAUCAAGGCUGUGACCCGGCAGCAUGGGAUCAAAUCGUUCUACAAGGGCGCUGAGGCACGAGUAGGAUUGUUGCUACUUGUCAACAUCUUGAAUGAACUCCUACUCAAGCCUGCUUGGAGCCCUGUUCCAAUCGGUCAGGACUAAUUGGAAUCAUUCUUUCAAGUGCCAAGCAGCUUCACUUGGAUAUUGCUCAUCUCUGUACCAGCCGAAAAUACAUACUCGUCGAAACAACCUAGCUACGAAAAGGUUGAUUGCAACACUGUAACCUCAAAACAACAUACUAAAAUAACCGCGUUUAUUUGUUCAAGAAA